AGCAUCCGAGCAAUUCAACAACCGCAUGGCAUGAGUGAAGAGAAGGCCAGACCGAUAGCUGAUGGCUCGUUAGGACUUGGCGAUGAUUUCAUCCUCACUUGAGGCGAUGACCUUUUUUGGGAUCCAUAUCUGGCGUCAUCAUCAUAAGCACCGACAUAUACAUAUUUGGACCUCUGUCUCUCGGCGCCCAGAGGAUGGAGAUUUUCUCUCGUAACGCCUUGCAAGCAACUCGGUGACGACAACGACGGCAAUGGUGAUGUCCUCACGUAGAUGCUGUUGUACGGGUGAGGAAGAAGCGCGUCUCUCUUCGCCUGUUAUUCUGCCUCUCUAUUCUCUCUCCCCCCAAACCCAACACAGACACAAUACAACGCAAAAUGACCAACGGCACCGUGCGUAUGUUCGUCCUCGAGACCGAUGAGCCUCACCCGGCCACCAAAGCAACUCGAGGCAGUUUCGGAAAUAUAUUGGACGAACUCUUCAACGAAGCCGGCUCACAGCACACUCCACCCCUCAGUGUCGAAACGGACACGCACUACGUGGUCGAAGAUCCACCUAAACACCGCGGCCACGUCCCGACGGCGGACGAGAUCCCCGGAGAUACGCGAGCCAUCUUGAUCACGGGGAGCAUGUACGACGCCCACGGGAACGACGAAUGGAUCCUCAAGCUUCUCGACCUGCUGCGCCAACUGUGGCGCGAACGACCGUCUCUUCGAUUCAGUGGUGUCUGCUUCGGCCACCAGAUCCUCUGUCGAAUGCUGGGCGCCCACGUCAGGCCUCACCCGGACGGGAACUGGGAACUCGCCCACACGGAACUAGAACUCACGGAACGUGGCAAGAAGCUCUUCAGGACGGAGCAGCCGACGAUCCAACUGCACCAGAUGCACCAGGACCAAGUGACGACCGUGCCGUCGGCGGAAACGACCGACCUGCUCGGGCCGGAGGACGACAAAGUACACGUCUGGGCCACGACGGAUCACACGCGUAUCCAAGGGCUGUACCUGCGCGACCGGCUCUUCACGUCCCAGGGCCAUUUGGGGUUCGACGAGGACAUGGUGAGAAGACAGGUCGACAUGCGGGUCGAGAACGGCGGGAUCAAGGACUCGAGGUUCGCAGAGGCACGGAAAGAAACGGCCGAGUUGAAACACGAUGGGAUUCUUGUUGCGGGUGCAAUCCUCCGUUUCUUCCAUGGUGAAGAUCGAGAUAUAUCGUGAAUUUCAAUGACGAUAGAAC